GCGCCAAACCAGAAUCCCUGUCUCCACUCUCCACUGGUUUUAAUUACUCAUCAAACAAACAAACAAGGGUAAUAAUCCCUUGUUCCUUAAAACCCAAAUUCUUUACUUCCUAGCAAAGCAACAAACUUUGCGCUCUCUCUCUCUCUUCCGAGGUGACUCAACUCAGUGCUGCAGGCCAAUGGGUCAGGAAUCGUUCAUAUACAGCUUCGUGGCCAGAGGCAUAAUGAUCUUGGCCGAGUACACCGAGUUCACCGGAAACUUCCCGGCGAUUGCUUCUCAGUGCCUUCAGAGACUGCCCUCCACUAACAACAAGUUCACCUACAGCUGCGAUCACCACACCUUCAAUUUUCUAGUUGAAGAUGGCUACGCGUACUGUGUUGUUGCCAAGGACUCAGUUGGCAAACAGAUAUCUAUUGCAUUUCUAGAACGAGUGAAGGCCGACUUUAGGAAAAGAUAUGGAGGUGGUAAAGCAGAUACAGCUAUUGCCAAAAGUCUUAACAAGGAAUUUGGACCAAUAAUGAAAGAGCACAUGAAGUAUAUAAUUGAUCACGCAGAAGAGAUUGAAAAGCUAUUGAAAGUGAAGGCGCAAGUUUCAGAAGUUAAAAGCAUAAUGUUAGAGAAUAUUGACAAGGCUAUUGAUCGAGGGGAAAACCUUACUGUUCUUGUUGACAAGACCGAAACCCUUCGUUCUCAGGCCCAAGAUUUCAAAAAUAAAGGGACACAAAUGAGAAGGAAGCUGUGGUAUCAAAACAUGAAAAUAAAGUUGGUGGUUUUUGGAAUCUUGUUACUUCUGAUCUUGGUUAUCUGGCUUUCUAUUUGUCAGGGAUUUGACUGCACAAACUAGUAGAAAUUAGUCACGGAGCAUUUCGCUCAAAUUAUACGAUACAUGUGCUUCAGUUCAACAAAUUGUGCUGAGGAAGGAGGAAGUGAGCGAGGGAGAGAGAUUUUCUUACAUCCUUGUCUUAUCAGAAUGUUCACUAUGUUUCUAGAUUUUAUUUUAAUAUAGCAACAUUUUGAACUGAAUUUUGGUGAACUUUUGUAUACUUGAAGAUAUUACAGUGAUUGAUUAGAUUAGAUCAGAACACA